GGUUAUGUCGCGCCAGUUCGAUUGCUCGGUUCUGUAUGUCCGUGUUGUCCUGUGGUAGUUUUGGCGCCACGAUAGUCCAGCUCUCGUCAGUGCUGUAAUACAGCAAGCAUGGCACCUGUGUCAAGCGGAGACAGCGGGCAAAACGACAUGGCGGAUUCCGAGAGUUUUGCUGCAUCGCGCUCACGACGUGAAAAAACUGUAAAGAGAGGUCGCCAGGAAGCAUUGGAGCGAUUGAGAAAAGCUAAGGCAGGCGAAAAAGUCAAAUAUGAGGUGGAAGAAAUGUCAAAUAUAUAUGAAGAAGUGGAUGAGGACGCAUAUUCAAAGAUUGUUCAAGAAAGACAAGAAGAUGACUGGAUAAUUGAUGACGAUGGGACUGGUUACGUUGAAGAUGGCAGAGAAAUUUUUGAUGAUGACCUACAAGAAGAUAGGCAGCCUGCUAAAGGAAAAGAGCCCAAAGGACCAGCCAAAGAUAAGGGCAGUGUGAAGAAGUCAUCUGUGUGUAAACCAAACAGUAUCAAGUCAAUGUUUAUUGCAAGUGCUGGGAAAAAAACUGCUGAUAAAGCUGUGGAUCUGUCCAAAGAUGAUUUGCUGGGUGAUUUACUGCAAGACUUGAAAACACAGGGUACCCAGAUUGCAGCACCGCCACCUGUCAUUACGCUGAAGAAGAAGAGACCUGCUGGAACACCUCUUAAUCCGUUCUCUGUAGUGGCUCCUCUCUCUAAGGUCAGCCCAGCAAGUGUCAAAGCAUCUCCUUCAUCUAGAUACCCGCUGCAGUCCUCGCGUUCCAAAGUGUGCAGCUCUUCAAAACCAUUGCAAGUUAAACCUGAACCCAGUUUUGGUGUUGAAAAAGAUCUUGCUAAAAACAGCGGCUCGCUGAAAGAGGAAGGUAGUACAGCAGAAGAACAGGAAAUGGUUGAAUUUGAUGAUGGGGAUUUUGAUGAACCCAUGGAGGAAGAUGAUUCAACCCAAAGCACUGCUACUGUUAAAGAGGAGUCAAAAUACAGUAUGAAUGUGAAGCAGGAAGAGCUGCCGCUUGAAGAAAGCUCUACCCUAAUUUCUGUUACUUCGAAUGAAUCUUGUUGGGACCAAAUGCCAGAUGAAAGUGAAACUGUUUCCAGUGAGGUUCAAGUAGAUUCAAGCCUCCUUCCCUUGGUGACUGGUGAAGAUGGUGAUCAAGUUUUCAGGUUUUAUUGGUUGGAUGCUUAUGAAGAUCAGUAUAAUCAACCAGGUGUGGUGUAUUUGUUUGGCAAAGUUUGGAUUGAGUCAGCUGAUGCGUAUGUCAGUUGUUGUGUAAGCGUGAAAAACGUAGAGAGGACAAUAUAUCUUUUGCCACGUGAAACAAGAAUGCAGAUUUCUACGGGGAAAGAUACUGGUACUCCAGUCAACAUGAUGAAUGUUUAUCAGGAAUUUAAUGAAAGCAUUGCUAAUAAAUACAGGAUCAUGAAAUUCAAAUCCAAGAAAGUCGAAAAGAAUUAUGCGUUUGAGAUACCAGAUGUCCCAGCCAGAUCAGAGUAUUUGGAAGUCAGAUACUCAGCAGACUUGCCUCAACUUCCCCAGGACCUAAAAGGAGAAACCUUUUCCCAUGUCUUUGGAACGAACACCUCAAGCAUGGAAAAUUUCUUGCUUAGCAGGAAGAUAAAAGGGCCCAGCUGGUUAGAGAUAAAAAACCCACAGCUGAUCGGCCAGCCUAUUAGCUGGUGCAAAGUUGAAGCGAUGGCGUCCAAGCCUGAUCUUGUGAAUGUAGUGAAGCACCUGCCACCUCCACCUGUUGUUGUCUUAUCUCUCAGUAUGAAGACUGUACAGAAUGCUAAAAACCAUCAAAAUGAGAUUGUUGCUCUUGCUGCUUUGGUUCAUCACAAAUUUCCGCUCGACAAAGCUCCGCCGCAGCCUCCGUUCCAGACUCACUUUUGUGUUCUCAGCAAGCCCAGUGACUGCAUUUUCCCCUAUGAUUACAAAGACGCAAUGAAAAGGAAGAAUGCUCACAUUGAGAUUGCUUUAACCGAAAGGACUCUUCUUGGCUUUUUCUUGGCAAAAAUACAUAAAAUUGAUCCCGACGUAAUUGUGGGCCAUGACAUUUAUGGAUUCGACCUUGAAGUAUUGUUGCAAAGGAUCAGCGUGUGCAAAGUUCCAUUCUGGUCCAAAAUUGGAAGGUUACGGAGAUCAGCUAUGCCAAAACUAGGGGGUCGGAGCGGUUUCGCAGAAAGGAACGCAGCCUGCGGCCGCAUCAUCUGUGACGUAGAGAUAUCGGCCAAAGAGUUAAUCAGGUGUAAAAGCUAUCACUUGUCGGAGCUGGUACAUCACAUACUGAAAACAGAGCGUGUUCUAAUCCCACCUGAAAAUAUUCGCAAUGCGUACAGUGAUUCUUCACAUCUCCUCUACAUGCUGGAGAACACCUGGACAGAUGCCAGAUUCAUACUGCAGAUCAUGUGUGAACUCAAUGCUCUCCCCUUGGCCUUACAAAUCACAAAUAUCGCGGGAAACGUAAUGUCAAGAACAUUGAUGGGAGGACGCUCCGAACGAAAUGAGUACCUUCUGCUGCAUGCCUUCCAUGAAAAUGAAUUCCUAGUGCCAGAUAAGCCGGUUUUCAAGAAGAAUCAGCCUGCUGUGGUGGAGGAUGAAGACGAUAUAGACAUGGAUCAAAAUAAAAACAAGAAGGUGCGAAAGAAAGCUGCCUAUGCUGGAGGCUUGGUCUUGGAUCCCAAAGUUGGUUUCUAUGACAAGUUCAUCUUGCUGCUGGAUUUUAACAGUUUGUACCCCUCAAUCAUCCAAGAGUACAAUAUCUGCUUUACCACAGUGCAUAGGAUGGUAUCCGGUACCCAGAAGGCCAGCGAGAGUGAAACCCAAGAGGAAAUUCCAGAGCUGCCUCAUCCAGAUCUAGAAAUGGGAAUCUUACCUCGGGAGAUCCGAAAACUGGUGGAGAGAAGACGUCACGUCAAGCAAUUGAUGAAGCAACCGGAACUCAAUCCUGACUUAUACCUGCAGUAUGACAUCAGACAGAAGGCUUUGAAGCUUACGGCUAAUAGCAUGUAUGGCUGUCUGGGCUUUUCCUAUAGCAGGUUUUAUGCUAAACCUUUGGCCGCAUUGGUCACCCACCAAGGGCGAGAGAUUCUCCUGCAUACGAAAGAGAUGGUGCAGAAGAUGAAUCUUGAAGUGAUAUAUGGUGAUACGGAUUCUAUCAUGAUCAAUACCAACUGUAACAAUUUGGAGGAAGUCUUUAAGCUUGGAAACAAGGUUAAAAGUGAGAUAAACAAAUCCUACAAACUGCUGGAGAUCGAUAUAGAUGGAAUCUUUAAAUCUCUUCUACUUCUAAAGAAAAAGAAAUAUGCCGCUCUUGUCGUGGAGCCUACUGGCGAUGGGAAGUACGCCACGAAACAGGAGCUGAAAGGGCUGGAUAUCGUCAGAAGGGAUUGGUGUGAACUUGCCAAACUUGCUGGAAAUUAUGUUAUCAGCCAAAUUCUGUCCGACCAUCCCCGUGACACCAUAGUAGAAAACAUUCAGAAGAAGCUUACGGAAAUUGGUGAGAAUGUGAUGAACGGUGGCGUCCCCAUCAGCCAGUUUGAGAUUAAUAAGGCGCUGACAAAGGAUCCUCAGGAUUAUCCUGACAAAAAAAGCUUGCCCCAUGUUCAUGUUGCGCUGUGGAUCAAUUCCCAAGGAGGCAAGAAGGUGAAAGCUGGGGAUACCAUCUCGUAUGUCAUCUGUCAGGAUGGAUCGAAUCUUAGUGCCAGCCAAAGAGCGUAUGCCCCGGAGCAGCUGCAAAAGCAAGACAACCUUUCCAUUGACACGCAAUACUACCUGUCGCAGCAAGUCCACCCGGUGGUGUCUCGGAUCUGUGAACCCAUAGACGGGAUCGAUGCGCCUCUUAUAGCUGCGUGGUUAGGGCUUGACCCCUCUCAGUUCCGGGUUCACCAUCACUACCAAAAAGACGAGGAGAAUGAUGCUUUGCUGGGUGGUCCUGCUCAACUCACCGAUGAGGAGAAAUACAGAGAUUGUGAGAGGUUCAAGUUCUUCUGCCCAAAAUGCGGAACUGAGAAUAUUUACGAUAAUACGUUUGAUGGAUCGGGUGUUCAUAUUGAGCCCAGCCUGAGACGCUGCAGUAAACCAGAGUGCGAUGCCUCUCCCCAGGACAGUGUUACUCAGUUGCAAAAUAAGUUGAUGCUGGAUAUCAGACGCUUUAUAAAGAAAUACUACAGCGGUUGGCUUGUUUGUGAAGAGCAGACAUGCCAGAAUAGAACACGUCGGCUACCACUAAGUUUCUCCCGUAAUGGUCCUAUAUGCCCAUCAUGCAUGAAGGCCACUCUUAGAUCUGAGUUUCCAGAGAAAGCCCUGUACACUCAGCUGUCUUUCUAUCGAUUCAUCUUUGACUGGGACUAUGCACUGGAGAAAGUCGUUUCAGAGCAAGAAAAAAACAUAUUAAAAAAGAAGACUUUUCAAGACUCAGAAGUUGUAUACAAGAAAUUAAAGGGCACUGUUGACCAAGUGCUUUUGCGGAGUGGGUAUUCUGAGGUAAACCUCAGCAAGCUGUUUCAGACCCUCAAUACUAUAAAAUAA